AUGUGUCGUUUAUGUAUGGAUAUGGAAGCGAGGGGGACACUGCACUGGUCACACGACAUCGCAAGCCGGGUGCCAACUGCUGGCCCCACGAACAACGGGCUGAAUGCGCAUGCAAGUGGGACUCCUGUAAAGGCGUUGCUGACACCUGAUCUGGCCCACCUCAUUGUCGUCACUGCCAGCAGCAGCAAACGGGAUGAGAAGCAAGGCCGGAAGCAGGGAAGUCAGGAGCAGGGCGAAGCUGGCUGUGAGCUGGGGCUGUUUGACAUGGCCAUGAUGAGAGACAGCCCCUGGGAGGUGCUGGCUGUGGCAACACACGGGGCGGCGAUAACAGGGCUCAUGGAGUCCGUGUCAGCAACUGCUGCUGCCAUGCACUGCCAAUGGGAGGCCGCCAGCUGUCAGUGGCGGGAGAAGGUGCAGGGGCUGCAGCGACUGUUGGAGGAGAAUGAGCUGCUGUACAUGCUCGCUACAGGAGCUGCCAGCACGGAUCUGAACAGCUUUUUCUCAGAUACUCUUGCAGGCGAAGCGGGAGUGAAGCGGCUUGCACGGACGAUAGAGACGGCAGGGAACGCGCUGCAUGGUCUGCUCACGCUGCACCUCAUGCCUGCUCUGGAAGAGACCAUCUUCCGCCUCUCUUCACUGCACUCCCUCGCCACUACAGCUACUGCUGCCACCGCUGGUGCUACAGCUUUAGCUACUGCUAGAGGUGCCACUGCUGGUUGUCCAGGGACAAUCAGCCCGUUUGAGGCCCUGGGACUUACACACUGCAUGGGCGAUGCUGGCAGUAGUGCCAGUGGUGGCAGUGGAGCAAGUGGUGGUGCUGAAGGUGCUGCUACUGGUGGUGGUGGAGCUGGUAGGGGUGUUGAUAGUGGUGCUAGUGGCAGUGCAGGUGGGUUACUACAGAGGGCGAUAGAGGAGGUGAAGGUGGCGAUGGUAUGGAGCGAGCGCGUGGUGCGGCUGCUGGCGGUGGUGCUGCCGCAGUUUGCCGCCUUCUUUGUGUGGCUGCUGCGCUGCAUCCGGGCGGCGAACGAGGAUGAGGACGAGGAUGUCAGGCCGGGCGGCAAUGCUGCGAGCAGCCAGGCACUGCUGGUCAACACGUGA